AUGAGUUCAAAUGCAAAUGCCGAGAAUGCAUCAAUAUCAAGCACAUACAGCAGUGAUAAUGAUGAUCUCUUGUUAAAAGCUGUAAAUGAAAUGCCAAGUAAUAAUAUAACACCUGACCCGAGUUCUUUAUCGCUAUCUCAGGCUUUUCCGAAGGAUGCCCAAAAUAAUACAAAAUCGAAUAUGAAUAUUAAGACUGCUAUAGAAAAAAUAACAAAAAUUACGGAAAAUCAAAAAUCAAAAGAAAAUUCAGAGCCAUUAUCAACGAAAAAAUCUUCUUCACAAUCAAAUGAUGAAACUGUUCCAAUUGUGUUAGAUAGAAAUCCACGAAUUUCCGAAAAUGUUUUAGUUCCUCAAUCAAGCAUUGAUUCUCAAACAAAAGAAGGAAAUGGUAAUGAUAGUUUAGAUAAUUUGGGUUCCGAAUACGAUGAUCCUGUAAUUAUAGGCGUUAUAAAUUCUAAUGAGAAUAAAGAAACUGAAAAUAAGAAAGGAAAUAAGAACAAAACAACUCCAAAGUCGAAGGACAAUUCAAAAUCCGCUUCAUCAAAGACGGAAAAAACAAAAUCACAUAUGUCUACAAGAUCUUCUCAAAAUAAAUAUGAAACUAAUAGUAAAACAACCAAGAAACAAACUGCUAAACAAAAUACUUCAAAAACAAAUGAAGAAAAUAAAAAUCAAAAAUCAAAAUCAAAAACAACAGAAAAAUCCAAUGAUUUACAGUCAAAACCUGAUACUAAAAUCAUUACCAAAGCAAAAACAGCAGAAUCUACAUCAAAUAGAAAAAAUUCAAAAUCAAAUAAAGAUAAUAAGCUUCAAAAUGAUGAUUCUUUAGAUGAAUCAAGUGAUACAACACCAGAGAAACUCUCAGAAGCCAGUUCUUCUGAAAAAAUUUCAGAAUCUUCUUCAGAUUCCUCAGAAAGUGAAGUUCUUGAUAGUUAUUCAUCAGUUAGCAGGAGUUCAAGUAUAAACUCUUCAAAUAACAGUGAUUCUGAUUCAAUUUCCUCAGAAAAUUCCGAAAUCAAGAAAUCCAAACGAAAAGACACAAAAAGGAAGAGUUUUUCACAAAAAACCAAUAAACCUGAACCAAAAAACAAACAAAGGAAGGCACAGACACAAAAACAAACGAAAACAAAAACAAAUAAAAAGAAAUAUCCAAAUAGUUUCGAAGAAACAUCAUCAAACCAAGAAAUAUCAAAUGAUUCUGUUGAAGAACCUCCAAUUCCAAAAGUAGAAGUCGAUGAUACUUUACCUCCUUUUAUUCCAUCUCCUUAUUACGAAACUGUUUACAAAAUAUACAGAUUUUUUGAUGAAAAAAUUCCUUUUGUUUCCAUUUUGAUUGCUAUUCAUCAAUCAUUUGGUGACGUGUACGAAGCAAUUGUUAAACUAUCACAUGGACAAAUUGAACAAGAUACACGACUUUUUUUGAAGAAUCCUGACCCUGAAGAACUUGAAAAAGGUCUGAGAUAUUAUACUUAA